AUGGCAGCAAUUCCAUCCAGCGGUUCACUCUUAGCAACCCAUGACUGCUACCGAAGGCGUCUGGGUUCCACUUCCAGCAACAGGUCCUGCGGAAGUGCUGAGAAUUCUGGAGAAGUGAUCCCCCAUCAUCCUGGUCUUCCCAAAUCAGACCCAGGCCACUGGUGGGCAAGCUUCUUCUUCGGGAAGUGGAGUCAUCCAUUCAUGACAACUGUGUGGGAAUCCCCAGAGCACUCAGGAACUUUCCAGGUUGUUCAUGGCACCAUCACCCGUGACCUGGCUCAGGAGGCCAUGAGGGAGCGGCGUGUGAGUGAGCCCAACAAGACCAGCACUGGGCCUUCUGCAGGACCAGCAGCACCCUCCUUGCCGCCCCCAUCCCCACUUCGGAACUGGAUUAAAUGCAUUGAUGGAGAGGGCCUGAUCCACGACACCAACAGCUACCAUAUCUGGUGA